AUGUCGUGGUGGUUAUGUUCAAUAGCUCUAAUCCAUGUGUUUUCUCAUUCUUAUAUACAUCCUGAUGAGCAUUUCCAAAGUUUAGAAAUCAUAUCUCAUCUAUUGCAAUCUACAACGGGUUUUACACCAUGGGAAUUCAAUUCGUAUCCCCCUUCGAGAAGUAUGAUUCCAUUGUACAUGUUAUAUGUACCAUUGUUCAAAAUUUCCAAUUUAUUAAGCAUUUCAAAUCCUUUUUUUAUCUUAUAUUCAAUACGGUUCAUACUUAUUUUAUCCUAUCUCAUAAUCUUAAAUUAUUGUUUACCAGUAUUAUUACCAGAUAAAGCGAAAUCUAGAAUUGCAAAAUGGCUUGUAUUGACUUCAUAUGUUACUUGGUCUUUCCAAUGUCAUACUUUUUCAAAUUCAGUUGAAACUUGUCUAUUACUAUUAGUAUUAUCAAUAUAUUCAAGAAUUUUGCAAAAUAAUUCAGGAAAAAACUAUACAAAUUCAAUUAUUGUAGGGUUCUUUAUCACAAUCUCAAUAUUCAAUAGAAUUACAUUCCCUGCCUUUAUAUUGUUCCCUUCAUUGACGUUGUUAAGGAAAUUUUAUAUAAACAAUUGGUUACCUUUAUUGUCAUUGUUAUCUUCAAUUACCGUCACUUCAAUAAUUUUAAUAUGCAUAGAUACACAGGUAUUCCAAUCAAAUGAAUUGGUAAUUGCCCCAUGGAAUAAUCUAAUUUAUAACUUGAAUGUCGAUAACUUGGCAUUACAUGGUUUGCAUCCAAGAUAUACCCAUAUGUUGAUAAACUUACCUCAAUUACUAGGGCCAUUGAUAAUUCCAUUUGUUUUUGUAAUUCUUUCAUCUUUAACUUUGAUUCUAACUGAUAUUAAUGUAGGUUCAUUAACCUCUGGGUUACUAUUCCUUUCUAUUUUGAAACAUCAAGAAUUAAGGUUUUUAGUACCAUUGUUUCCAAUUGCUUGUAUAGCGGUUACAGAAUCAAGACCUAAACUACUUCAAGUUAAAUGGUUCAAAUAUCUAUGGAUUGCAUUUAAUUUGGUGCUGUUAGUGAUCCUUGGUUGGUUUCAUCAAUCUGGGGUAUUAAACGUUAUAAAUUACUUAUACAAGAAUAAUGAAACUACAAAUUUUGGUGUCAAUAUUUGGUGGAAAACUUACACACCACCUACUUGGAUGUACUCGUCAACAGAAUUGAUAUAUUCUACUGUAACAAUGGAAAAUGGCAUAGAAAUCUUAGAAACCGAUUAUCAACGAACUACAAAUCAUGUAAUUGAUUUAAAGGGGAGCGAUGUUUCAUUGUUAAAUAGCACAAUAUCAUCAUUUUUACAGAAUAUUGGUACAGUUCAAAUUAUUUGUCCAAAUUCGAUGAAGAACACAUUACUAUCUCUAAAUUCCGAGUCACAGAUAUAUCAGUAUGAUCAAAUUUACAAUGAUUUUACUCAUUUAGAUUUAGAUCAUUUUAACAGCCAAGAUCUAAAUAGCUAUCUUCCUGGGAUACAUAUAUAUAACGUAUCGUAUUCACAUCGUGAUCAAUAA